AUGCUGAUGCGUUAUGUGCUUAGAGCUGGUGAACUACACAACGCGCCACGAUCUUAUGACAUGGGAAAUAACAUCGAGUGGAGUAGCAAACCUACUACGAUUCCGACGCCAGGCGGCCAAAGCGUGCGGUCGACAUUUACGAGAUUCCUUAGGGUUGACUGGAAACCGAUUGCGCGCAUGACAAUAACAGAUGCACCUCCGCCGAAGAAACGGAGGAUUUCUGGAGGUGGAUUUGAUGAACUCGAGGCUAGGUCGAAGUUUUUCAUAAAGGAUCCGAAGCGUGGAGAAUCGUCAUCGUUUAAAGAGCCACGCGCGAUCACUUCCACUGUUCCGGCUGGUACAGGCUCAUUACGAAACGCUGCGGAUGGUCCUCGUUUGAGAUUUAGCAAAUCAUCCUUACGAAAUAAACCAGUGGCUCCGCUUUCUAUGAGGCCUACGUCACUUUCGCAAGAAGUCAUUUCUAUUGACGAUUCUAAGUUGGAAAGGAAGAUUCGGUCUCCGCAUACUGGAACUGUUUCACCAGAAUUAGUACCCAAUGAUGAGGUGGUAGAAGCGAACGAGGUGAAGGAAAUUGAGGAUGCUGAUGGAUUCCCUGACACACUAAGAGUAUCAUCAUCAAAUAUUAGAUUGCACUCUGGAUUAGGAAAUCCCUAA